AUGAAUGGAAAUAGACAGACAAUUACAGUCGAGGCCUCUGAGGUUGGCAUUCAUCCCUGGCGAACGAAUUUGAACUUACAACACCAUGGACUUCGUCAAAUGCAGUACGGCGUCCGCUGUGGAGGUGGUCUUGCUCCAUCGCCUCAUACUGUUGCCUUUAGAUACCUGGCCGAAAACUUUCAUCUAUUUGACGGUUCUGCAGAUGGGGUAUUUCUUCUUGGACAGACUUUGAAUCAGGUGAAGGCUCUACCCAGCGAACUUGAGACGAAGUGGAUGAAACAGAAUCCAGAGAGCCCCUUCAUUCGUUACCUGUCGGUCUUGAACUCUGAAGUCUUGAUGGUCAAUAACGCCCAGGCCCAAAAGGCAGUACUCCAGACAAAGUGCUACUCGUUUGUGAAGCCAGGAUACUGGAGACGGAUUGUCGGAGAGAUAGCGGGAAUAGGGAUCUUGUUCACGGAAGGACAGGAGCAUAGACACCAGAGAAAGCUUUUGAUUCCACCUUUCUCAUUUGGCAAUAUCAAGCGGCUACUCCCCUUCUUCGAACAAAAGGCCCGGGAGACAUCUGCUAUCAUUUCAAAAUCUCUGGAUGAGGGCAAGAACAUCAUUGAUGUCUCCGGUCUUCUCUCCAAGACAACAUUAGACAUUGUCGGGUUGGCUGCUCUUGGAUAUGAGCUGAAUACCCUCUCGACUUCAUCGCCAUUGGCAAUGAGCUACGAAAAGAUCUUCGAGUGUGCCACGCCAGCGCAGCUGUUGAUAUCAUUCAUCCACCAAUAUGUCCCCAUUCGUCCAUUCCUACCGUUCAAAGCAAAUAGGAACUAUGUCAAUGCCAAUGCUGAAGUUCGACGCAUUCUACGAGAGCACAUUCGGCAGAGGAAGGCCGAGUACCGCCGCGGGGAAAUCCAUGGGGAAAAGGCCAGCCGGGACCUCCUCACUCUCAUGAUUGAAGAAAGUCAGGAUGCCUGGUCCGAGGACGAGAUGCUUGGAUAUUUGUUGAACUUCAUGUCUGCUGGGCACGAAACGACGGCUGGCACUAUGGUCUGGGCGCUCUAUGCUAUGACUCUGCACCCUGAGGUACAAGAACGCUUGAGAGCCGAGAUCAAAGAAAAGAUUACGUCACCAAAUCCAAGUCAAAGUGACCUUGACAGCUUGGAAUACUUCAAGAACUUUACGAAUGAGGUGUUGCGAUUUUACCCUCCUGCCCCAAGAUUUCCUCGAGAAGCAGCCGAAGAUUUGAAAAUCGAAGGAGUAGUGAUACCCAAGGGAACAGCGAUCGUGGUCGCGCCCGCUGCGCCCCAGUUCAACCCAAGUAUCUGGGGCCCUACAGCAGACAAAUUUGACCCUGACCGGUGGGACAACCUUCCAGAAGCGGCAAAAGAUCCGUAUGCCUUCCAGGCAUUCUCGACCGGACCCCGAAUCUGUAUUGGGAAGUCUUUUGCCUUGCUAGAGUUCAAAGCGGUCAUGACGGAGCUUAUUCGCCAAUUCAAGUUUGAAAACACGGGGCCUGUCGAGCCACAGAGGAGCGGUCCCAGCUUACGACCACUGAACGGAAUGAGGCUCAAGAUUACUCGAGUAUCAGAGUGA